AUGAGGGACAACCGCGGGUCCCAAGGAUUGGCGCUGAAGGGCACUAGCAACGCUGAUGAGCGCAAACGCAUUCCAAGCAUCAGCAGUGGACGUCUAGCCGCAGUACGUUCACGAUUGCGGAGUGGGGAGGUGUCGGAGCGAAAGCAGGUGGGCGACACCGAAAGUAUGAUCAACGAGGAGCCCAGCGUCGUGCAACCUGGGGGGGCGAGUCAGUGGCUGGAAUGA